GCUGGGCCAGAAGUAUUGGAGGCUCAGGCACUCAGCUCCCAGCCCUCCACCUCACCAUGGCCGCAAAGGUAGACAGUAGCCCCGGGGGGGUCCCCAGCAGUGGCUCCAACCUGGAUGCCACCCGAGAGCACAUGCAGGCGGUCACCCGAAACUACAUCACCCACCCCCGCGUCACCUACAGGACUGUGUGCAGCGUCAAUGGGCCCCUGGUGGUGCUGGACCAGGUCAAGUUUGCCCAGUAUGCUGAGAUCGUCAACUUCACCCUCCCCAAUGGGACUCAGAGGAGCGGGCAAGUGCUUGAGGUGGCUGGGACCAAGGCAAUUGUUCAGGUGUUUGAAGGGACCUCUGGGAUCGAUGCCCAGAAGACCACCUGCGAAUUCACAGGGGACAUCCUACGGACUCCAGUGUCGGAGGACAUGCUGGGUCGGGUUUUCAAUGGCUCUGGCAAACCCAUCGACAAGGGGCCAGUGGUCAUGGCAGAGGACUUCCUGGAUAUCAAUGGCCAGCCCAUCAACCCCCACGACCGCAUCUACCCGGAGGAGAUGAUUCAGACGGGCAUCUCGCCCAUUGACGUCAUGAACAGCAUUGCCCGUGGCCAGAAGAUCCCCAUCUUCUCAGCAGCUGGGCUCCCCCACAAUGAGAUCGCUGCCCAGAUCUGCCGCCAGGCUGGGCUGGUGAAGAAGUCCAAGGCCGUGCUGGACUAUCACGAUGACAACUUUGCCAUCGUCUUUGCAGCCAUGGGGGUGAACAUGGAGACAGCCAGGUUCUUCAAGUCCGACUUCGAGCAGAACGGUACCAUGGGCAAUGUCUGCCUCUUCCUGAACUUGGCCAACGACCCCACGAUCGAGCGGAUCAUCACCCCGCGCCUGGCACUGACCACGGCUGAAUUCCUUGCCUACCAGUGUGAGAAGCACGUGCUGGUCAUACUGACGGACAUGAGUUCCUACGCAGAGGCUUUGCGGGAGGUCUCAGCUGCCAGAGAGGAGGUGCCCGGGCGCCGAGGCUUCCCCGGGUACAUGUACACAGACCUGGCCACCAUCUACGAGCGGGCAGGCCGCGUGGAGGGCCGGGGCGGAUCCAUCACUCAGAUCCCCAUCCUCACCAUGCCCAAUGACGACAUCACCCACCCGAUUCCAGACCUGACGGGCUUCAUCACAGAGGGACAGAUCUACGUGGACAGACAGCUUCAUAACAGACAGAUCUACCCCCCCAUCAACGUCCUCCCUUCCCUGUCGCGGCUGAUGAAGUCCGCCAUUGGGGAGGGCAUGACGAGAAAGGACCAUGGAGAUGUCUCCAACCAGCUGUAUGCCUGCUACGCCGUCGGGAAGGACGUGCAAGCCAUGAAGGCAGUGGUGGGGGAGGAGGCGCUCGCUUCCGAGGACCUGCUCUACCUGGAAUUCCUGCAGAAAUUUGAGAAGAACUUCAUCAACCAGGGUCCCUACGAGAAACGCUCGGUGUUCGAGUCUUUGGACCUGGGGUGGAAGCUGUUGCGCAUCUUCCCCAAGGAGAUGCUGAAGCGCAUCCCGCAGAACAUUAUCGAUGAGUUCUACUCCCGCGAGGGGGCGCCGCCGGACCCCGAGCCCGACACGGCGCUUUAGCCCCGCGGGAAGCCUGGCCCCGGAGCCAGGUCCUGGCACCGCUCUCGCCGGGCGCCCGAUCUACACGCCCCGCCCCAUCGUCUUGGUCCUCACACCUUAACCCAUCGCUCCGUGCCCACCCUCAGUCCCCCACAGGUUAUGGGGGGGCUCCUACGCUCCAGUCCUCUCCCUGGAUUCCCCGACAUGGGAAACAGAAGGUGGUUAAGCCUAUAUUCUCUGUCUUGUUCUGAUAGGAGCAUUUGUAUUUUAAAAGUACCACCGUCCUCUCCCAGGAAUUUAUCUCAUGUAAAUACAAGAUUGGCAAAACACUGAUAAUUGUUGGAGCUGCGGGGGGUACAUGAGGUUCAUUAAACUAUUCUCUCCACCUUAAAAAAAAAAAAGAGAGAAAAAAAAGAAAAGGCUACAUUAGUGUCUUAACAGGUGACAACAGAAUUCUUCUUAGGGAGGUAUUUAUCUUUGUUAAAAAAUAUCUUGAUAAAUUUCUUGGGUGGAAUGUGAGCUCAUGGGCCAUAGAAAGGACAAUCUCAAGGCCACAAAAGAUGUGUCUGAUUCUAAACAGCUCUGCCUAAGAGAUGCUAGGAAGGAAUUUGGUUUGCUCCAGACAGGGAGGGGAGUUGCUGGGGAGAUGGCCUGAGGAACAGUGGGGGCAGUGUGCAGAGGCUGAGGAAAGGCCCCCCAGUUCAGAAAUGGGCAAAGAGCAUCCUAAAAACCAGGAUACUUGAUGUUCCUUUGAAAGCUGCCUGCUCUUCUGUAAUGCCAUCCCUUCCUGUCUCCUCUGCCCCACCUAUGAUGAAGUCAUGAAUGCUUCCUAAGAGGUAGGGCAGGUUGGGAAGAUAGAACUUCAGCAAAAGGCUGAGUUCCAUUUCUGGGUCAAUGUGUUAUGGAACCAGGCCAGAAUUCUUGGAUCAAGAGCUGACACCAAAGAAGCCUUGAGAAUAAAAUUCCCAUCCCCAAGACAAUUUAGGGAAAGCUUUUGGGUGUCCACAGGACAUAGGGUUGUUUUUACUUAAAAACAGCUUUAUUGAGAUGUGAUUCACGUACCAUACAGUUUACCUAUUUAUAACUGUACAAUUCAACAACUUUUAGUAUAUUCACAGAGUUGUGCAAUCAUCACCACAAUCAAUUUUAGAACAUUUUCAUUACCUUAAAAAGAAACCCUGUACCCCAAGUUAUCACUCCUCAAACCACUCUUCCGCCCCCUCCCCAGCCCAAGACAAUCAUUAACCUUUCUAUCUCUGUAGCUUUGCCUACGCUGGUCAACUCAUAUAAAUGGAAUCAUACAAUA